GUUCCAUCCCUAGUCCAAACACUCAACAUACUGAAACCCUAGUUUUCUGCGUCGACUUCUUCACCAUCACUUGCUGAUCGGAUCACCGCUGUCUACUCGAAUCCCAUCAAUAAUCCCUCCGGCUCCUCAUCUUCGAGCUAAACUCCGACGAUCAUUGAACCGGAUGGAGGAUUACGGGCCAACGGUCGAUUCCGAUUUCUUAGGGUUACGAGAGAACGAAGACAGAUAAAGCCUCCUUCAUCCUUUUUCACGAUACCUGAUUCCGAUCUUGAAUCUGCUGGAAAUUAUCCUUUUUUCUGUUGAUUCCGAUCUUGAAUUGGCUGGGAAUUAUCCCCUUUUUAUUGAUUCCGAUCUCGAAUCCGCUGGGAAUUACUUAUUGGCUUGCUGAGAUUGAAUUCAGACUUUGAGUUUCUGGACAUGGAUUCAAUCAAUAACGACAAUAACGGCGGAAAUUUUCCAGACAGUGUUGAUUCGAUUUUACUUAGGGUGUUGGACUUUGAGUCCGAAGCUGAAGACACUUCUCGGUAUUCCAGUCUUGUCGAGGCUCUUUCGAAUCCUCCUCUGUUUCCGGGUAUUUCUGGACAUGGUAAUGGCGAUCUUAAUAUGCACCCGGGGAUCGACAACUUGUUGGAAGAAUUAACAGCACCAGACACACUGGAUCAAGAUAUAUUAUGGUUUUUAUCUGUUAUUGGAGAAGCAGAAUUCGGUCCCAACAAUUUUGAAACACAUCAGUCGCAAAGUCUUGAAGAUUUCUUGGAAAAUAAUGAUGUGUUUGAGAUUGAGGGUGCAUUGCGGGGAACUCCAACUUCUCCAGCUGCGAGGUUUGUGGUGGAGGGGCUUCCAGAGGUGGAGAUGAAAGGAGGGACUGAUAGGGUCUGUGUGAUUUGCAGUGAGGAGAUUGCAGAGGGGAAGAAGGUGAAGAUACUGCCCUGCUGGCACUACUAUCAUGGGGAAUGCAUUAUGCCCUGGCUGAAGAUGAAGAAUACCUGCCCGGUCUGUCGGUUUGAGUUGCCUACUGAUGAUGAAAUUGAAGGUCAUUUGAGGAGAAAGAGGAGGAGAAUCCUGGAACCUGAUGCUGACAAUAGCAAAGGCAAUGGCAGCAAUGGUGGCUCAAUGAAAGAUUUCUCUGUUAGACACAGUUUUGAAUUGUCACUUAUGUUAGAUUAUGAGGAUUGGAAGCAGAAGCAUUGAUUCAUGGUUUUGCAUGAUGUUCUUUGAUGGCAGAUGUUAAUCAUCUGUAAUUCUCAACUGAAUUUUUUUCAUUUAUGUAUAGAAAAAGGCAUCGAAUCUUAAAUGGAUGAUUGAGAUGCAAAUGUAAUUUAGCAGUUUCCUGAGAUUACAUUAA